GCGACGACUUCAGUACGACGACGGCAAGCGAACAAGUGGCAGCACGAAACGGUGAAAAAACGGUGCGCUGCCAACGGUAUUAAGCGCUUAACGGUAAAAUAAAGCAUUAAAUUGAGUGCAUAAUGUCAUUCAAGUGAGUGAAUUGUAUGCCAAGCAGUACGAAUACUGACAGCGGCAUGUGUAUAUUGUGAAAUUUUACAGUAAUAAAAAAUAAUAAAACAAACUAAAAAAAAAAUAAACACUUUUUCUGAAAACAAGAAGAAAGUUUCGGGUUAAAAAAAAAAAAAAAUAAAAAAAAAUAUAAAAAAUAAAAAAAAAAUUUUAGAAGCAGUUAACGUCGUGCUUAGUGACAGCAUCGCUGAAAAAUGUGUUGCGAGCUGAAGCGCCUAAAAGUAUGCUUCGCCUAACUACAUUCCGCCUAUGUUGACUGAAAUGCAGCGCAUCCUUGAGCGCGCUCGUCUCCUGCGCGCAACGAAGCAUUUCAAAUGCUUUGAAUUAUUAAAAUGAAAUGGUCUUUUGGUUCUUUUAAUUUUGCGCGUGUGUGUUUGUGCUCGUUUCUAACUGUGCACACUGCUUGACUACAUCAUAAAUAUGCGUCCCAGACAUAAAGUCGUUGGCAUGCAAUUUAUCAAUUCUCGUCUAUCAAUCCUUUCACCGCGCGCAGCCAUUUAGUAUGCGCAUUGUUGUUGUUGUUGCUGUUACUCAAAUCAAUUCGCCGAUUUUCGCCCGUGCAACCGCCAAACCCACCGACUCGCCAAUCAAUCGAUCAAGCCGUCGACCGCCCAUUUCAUUACAAUCCGCCUUCCAGGUGUGUGUGUGUGCUUGCUUGCUUGCAUUGAUUGCCUACAUUUAGGCGCGCUGCUGAAAAAUUGAUUGCAAUUUAGUUAAUUGAAAUUUACAUUGUGGCAUUAAAAUUAAAUGUGCGUUGUGCGAUUUUUUUGUUCGCCGUGCGCUCGAGUUGCGUUCAUUGGCAGCUGGAGAAUGGCAUUAGCUGUCCGGCACACUGGCUGCAAAGAUUUGCAGUCCUUCAUAUAUAAGUGCCUUCAUGCAUUUACUUUGUCGAUCAGCAAUUAAAAUUUGGCGUCAAAAACUUAUUCGCAACUCGUAGUUCAUUAUGAGCUGUCGCACGAUGACUUCUAGAUUUUAAAGGAGCCAAGGGUUGACGAAAACAUUUGGUGAAGCCAAUACAAACGCAGGAGUGUAAGGACAAAUGGAAAAGCAAGCAAUGAAGGCGGAAAGGCGCCAACAACACAAACGAAAAAUUGGAGCACAAACUAUGUUGCAACAACAGCAAAAAACGUAGUAAAACGAAUGCGAGAGAGACAAAGUGAAGAAAGAAUUUAACAGCCAGGAAGAGAAGCAGGAAAGUCACUCCUGAAUAACAACAAUAACAAAGCAGCGUAUAGCAAAAGUAAGCCACACAAGCACAACAACACAGCGACGCACACGUUGAAGGCGGCGAGCAAGUCAGUCAACACAACAGAUUACGUGCAACGUUGACAGCAGGAAGUGUUGACGGCAGCCGGCAAUGGCGACGACGCCGGUGCACCCGCCGCAGCCGAGCUGCUGAGAGUGUAGCUGCCGGCGACGGCUGAGCACACCGUGGAAGCAAGGACGACAUGAACGGCAUUAAAGUUUCUGAAAUUGCACAAUGAAACGGAAAACUACAUAAUAACCUAACUAAAACUCCAGAAAGUCUCAUCAAAAUUAAAAGAAAAAAAAAAAUAAAAAGUACAACAAAAGCAAAAAAAAAAAAUCUAACUGAAAGCGCAUCGUUCGCCCGCCGCACGCCGUGUAACCAGCAUAAAUGUUCUCGUGGCGGCGACGACGGCGGUGCGUACAACAAAUGCAACAAACACGUCUGUUAUUGCAAUUAAAAUGUCGGACGUUGAAAGAGCGCGCAACGCAACGAAGACAACAACAGCAAACAACACAGCGUCGACAACAGCAACAGCCAAAGCAACAACAACAAUAGAACGCAACACAGCGAACAGUGAGCAACUGUCAUACAAGCACUGCUCAGCAACAACAGCAACACCGGGCGCAGCAGCAGCCGCCGCGGUGAAACUGCAACACCAACAACUCUAUCACAAUCAACUUUAUCACCAGCAGCAACAGCAACAGAGCUAUAGCAAGCCAACAACACACUAUAAUUACAAUAACAGCACAACUGUUGCACAACAACAACCGCAAUAUCAAUUGAUCACCAGCACCGGUGGCGAGUUUGGCAGCGCUACGGACGAUUCCUCGAUCUUUGGUGGCUGUUUUGGUCUCUUGCUGAAGGUACUCUUCUCUCCACCCGGUUUGGUGGCACUGGUGGUUGGCUACUCGAUGCUCGGUGCUUGUAUAUUUCCAUUACUCGAGGCACCACAGGACAUUAACACGUCGGCGGCGAUUGCGAAGAGCAGAGAGGAGUGUCUGCGCGAGCUGUGGAUUAUAACGGAAAAACUCAACGUCUUAUACGAGCGCAACUGGUCCACAUUGGUGCACGAACAGCUACGUCGCUUCGAGGAUUCGAUUGUGGCUGCCACACGUCAUACGAAUAACAGUAGUUACAGCAUCGGCAUGUUCGGCGGCAGUUCAACGGCGCUGCGCCGCUAUGGCAGCACAUUUGAUGCGUCCACAGAUGCCAUGUUAGCGCCGACACAUUGGACCUUCGGCGAAGCGUUACUCUACUCUGUCACUGUGAUAACGACAAUUGGUCAUGGCAGCUUGACGCCUCGCACUGCCGCUGGUAAAAUCGCUACUAUUUUGUAUGCUCUAAUCGGUGUGCCGCUCAUGUUGAUGUGCCUCUCCAGUUUGGGUGCGCUGCUGGCGGAGGCGUUACAAUGUACCUACGCGCGUAUCUGUUGUCGGCUAACGCGCCAUCAGCAUCAUCACCAUAGCCAUCAACACAGCCAGCCGCACAAUCAACACCACCAUCAUCAGCAGCAUAAACAUGAGAAGGGUCACAGAGAGAAGGAGAAACAACCGCCGCCACAUGAUCUUUAUCAACAACAAACACAUCACCUGCAGGUGACCGGUGAGAAGAGCGGGCAUUUGCUCGAGGCGUCAGCUGGUUCAAUGGGCGUGAGUAGUGGUGGCGGCGGCAGUAAAUAUGUGAGGCGUUGCAGUGCGGACAGUUUGGAUAAUGAUGUGCUGCUGAAACGUGGACUGGGCGGUUGUCAGCAGGAAAAGGGACAUGAGUUGGACUGCAAAAACUGUAAAUACGACGCUUUAAUUUCGGAAACAAAUCUGAGCGGUGGUUAUGACUACAGCAAUAGCGGUAAUAUGGGCGAUUCGGCAGAUGACUCCUGUCGCCUGCUGCACAAUUCACCGGCGAAAUUGAAUCAAAAUCAAAUGUUGACGGGAGCGAAAAUCAAUGCGCACUACUAUCAACAACAGCAUCAGCAGCAACCGCAGCUACAACAACAACAGCAACAACGUCCCGAUGUGAUGCUUAUGGCAACAACAGCAGCGGCAGCACCGAAAUCAAUGCAACAACAAUAUCAGCAACUUUAUAGCCGCUCGGCCACACCAUCACCGCAACAUUUGCAACAGCAGCCGCAACAACAACAACAUGCCAUGCAAACAUUCCACAUCGUAUCGGCCGGUUCGUCGCCCACACAACAAGGUCAACAACAACAACAACAGCUACAAGCACUGCCAACACUGCGCCAGUACGCGACGCUGCAAACGCACCAGCAUAAACCACAACACCAACAACAACCACAACAGUAUGUUGCUGUGCCCAGCGGUGCGCUGGUGCGUUUUCAAACAACAACAACAACGCCGGCCGCAACAGGCAUCGCCUCAGCGCUGAGUGGCAGUGGCAAUAAUUGCACAACCGACGGCAAUGGCAACGUCGGCAUCGGUGUGGGCGCCACACUCAUCGCCACCGGCAUGUCGGGCAAUUGUUAUCAAUCGGCGAAUGUGUCAGUGCCCGGCGGGGGCACAGCGACGGCCACAAUUUACUUUCCAAUUGCCACAGCAGCGCAUCCACAGCAACAACAACAACAACACCAGCAAACAUCGAGCUUUACGUCCGUUGACUCUGCGGCAGCAACUGCAGCAAACAAUGACGCUACAAUAGCAACAACAAUAAGUGGCACCAGCUUGGGUUCGGGCAGCAGCACCGCAGCCGCAACGCAAUUGCUUUGCAAUCAGCCGAUUGUGAAAUAUCACACCAUACAGCUAACGCAUGCAACGCGGAAGCCACAACAACAACAACAAACGCAACAGCAACCGGCUUUGUUGGGUAGCGCGGCUGAUGUGUUGCCACUGCCGCCACCGCCGGCCUACCAAACGGCAACGGUGCACGGUAUACGUCGAGCGAAAUUCCUGACUAAACCGCUGCCACCGGAGAUCAGCACAUUAGUAGCCGGCGAGCGCGAUUUAACCUGCCGACAUGAUUUAUUAUUACAACAAAACGUUGGCAGUAGUGCUAGCAGCAAUGUAAACAAUGCAACUACAACACCAACACAAUCGACAGUAUAUGCCGGCGCAACAACAACAGCAACAUCGAAUGCAUCAAACGCAACAACGAUUGCAAUGUUGACAGCCGGAUUGACAGCAACAGCGGCGGCAUGUAGCGGUAAUGCACCAACAACAACAACAGCUGCUGCAGCAACAGCCAACAACACACAAAUGGGCACAUUAAUGUCCGGCACAUCGUCCAUGGUCGGUUCGAAUGCCACAGUCGACAUAAUGGAGGAUGAAGAAGAGCACGAACAGCAACGAUUGGGCAACUGCCCACACGGCACACCAUCACGCGUACCACUCAUCUCUGGCAGCAGCAGCGCCAUCAACGCACACAGCAACGCCGGCAACACAGACGAAGAGCAAAGGGGCGCACGCAGUCUCUUCAAUGCCACCGCAGCCUCCUUCCAUCGACACACACUAAACACCUUCCAACGCAAUGUGGCGGCACGUAAAUCAACCACAUAUGCCGCAACACGACGCGCCGGCUGCAACAUGCACGUAACAAGCCACCGAAGUGGGAAAUCGAGCAGCUGUUAUGGCGACACAGCCACCGAGACCUCCGACGACGAGGAGAUGGAAGCGGAGGCGGCGUACAUGCAACGUGACGCCAAAACUGGCGAACAGUUCCGCUUAACAAAACUCAACAAAGGCAACAAGCAAACAAAGCCAGAUGAACAGACUGCCUACUGUGAUACCGAUGCGACUGCCGACGAGGCUGAGGACGACGAGACCGCCUCGAAUGCCGAGGCCGAGACGGAGGAGACCGGCGCACAGGUGCCCAUCAGCAUUGUGCUGCUCAUACUCAUCUGCUACAUAUGCUUGGGCACGGUGAUUUUCGCCUUCUGGGAGAAUUGGUCCAUUGUGGAUGGCGCCUACUUUUGUUUUGUCACCUUGACCACCAUCGGCUAUGGCGACUUCAUGCCCGAACGCACCUUCCACGGACCGCAUGUGCAGCUCUUCGCUUGCUGUGCCUAUCUCUUGCUGGGCCUGGUCUUGGUCGCGAUGUCUUUCAGCAUACUAGAGACGCAGCUAAUGUGGAAGUGCAAACGGAUUGCGGUGCGACUGAAGUUGGCCAAUGAUUGAUAGUGGCGGCGCUUGUUGGCGCGUCGCAGCAGCGCCGGUGCGGUGGCGCAGUUUUUGUAGUAUGUAAACGGCAGAAGAGGCAGCGGAAGUAGCAGAAAAGUUAGUUAGUAAGUUGAAGUGUUAGCAGUAGGAAGUAAAUGAGCAGGGAAAGCGUUAAAUAAUAAUCUAGACGUACAUACAAAGAUCUAAGUUAAGUAGCGGUUAAUUAGUGGUUAGUUGAGCGCUGUAAAUAUUUUUGCUGUAAAAGUGCGUACGACCAUUUGAAGUUUUAGUUAAGCGUUUUAUUUACCUAUGUUGGUUUAGCGUUAGCUUAGCGCGUAAGUUAGAGACGACAUAAGGCGCUUAGAGCUUAGCGUAAAGCUUGUAGUUAAUGCUCAAUGAAAGCUCACUGCAUGCUAUGGAUGGAAACAGAAAAAUGUCUCUCUUAAAGUGGGCCAAGGUUGUGAUAGCCUAGUGAGCCCAUUUAGUAAUUGAAUGCCUGGAAGCAGUUUUGUUCAAACUGAUUUUCAUCUUCAAAGUACUUUCAUAAGUCCAAGCUCAUCGAAACAGCUAGCUUCCUGGAACAUCGAUUUGAUCACGAAACGAUUAAGUGGUUCAUCACUAACCUUGGUCAGACGAAACCUUAUAGUUCAAGAACAUAUAUAUAUAACGUUCUUAGAUGAAUAUCAUAUCUAAUAUUGAAAACUAUUUUUUAAAGAACUCUUCGAAACCAGUGUGCAUUACCAAACGUGUUUCCAGCUUCACUUUGAGUUGCCUUGACUUGACUUUGACCGCAACAUGAAAAGUUUGAGAUUAUAAAGCAGGUCCUUCUUCUUAUUUAUUGGCGUAGACACCGAUUACGCGGUUAUAGCCGAGUAUACAACAGCGCGCCAGUCAUUAUUUCUUUUCGCUGUUUAGCGCCAAUGGAGAUUCCAAGUGUAGCCAGGACCUUCUCCACCUGGGCUUGCCAAUAAAUAAAGUAUCACAAAUUUUCCGCAGAUGAUUUCGCACGAAAACUCGUAACGUCGACUCAUCAGAUUUUGUCAUCGUCCAUGCCUCUGCACCAAAUAACAAGGAUUAUGAGUGGCUUACCGAAUUCUGUCUUUUUUCGUCGAGAGGUAAUUUUACUUCUCAAUUGCCUACUCAGUCCGAAGUAGCACCUGUCGGUAAGAGUCAUUCUGCGUUGGAUUUCGAGGCUGACAUUGUUGUUUCUGUUAUUACUGAUUCCAAGAUAGACGAAAUUAUCUACGACUUCGAAGUUAUGACUGUCAACAGUGACGUGGGAGCCUAGUCGCGAGUGUGACGACUGUUUGUUUGAUAACAGGAGAUAUUUCGUCUUGCUUUCAUUCACUACCAGACCCAUUUUCAUCGCUUCUUUAUCCAACCUGGAGAAAGCAGAAAUAAAGGCGCGGUUGUUGCGGUCAAUGAUAUCAAUAUCACCGGCGUAAGCCAGCGGUUCUACACUUUUCUAGAACAUUGCACCUUUUCUCUUCAGAUAUGCACCUCGAGUUAUUUUCUCCAGCAGCAGAUUGAAGAAGUCGCACAAUAGCGAGUCGUCAUGUCUGAAACAUCGUUCGGUAUGGAACGACUCGGAGAAGUCCUUCCGGAUCCUGACGAAGCGUUUGAUACUGCUGAACGUCAGUUUACACAGCGGUAUGAGUUUUCCGGGAUACCAAAUUCUGACUGCAUGCUGUCCAAAACACAUUUGAAAUCGACGAAGAUUUGUGUCGAGUUCGUGUAUAUACAGACGGACAGAUAGACAGACGGACGGACAUGGCUAAAUCGUCUGAGCUCAACAUACUGCUCAUAUACUUUAUAGGGUCUCCGACGCUUCCUUUUGGGUGUUACAAGCAUCGUGACAAACUUAAUAUACCCUAUUCAGGGUAUAAUAAGCUCAAAUAUGAAAUGUAUAUAGAGUAGUAAAUAAAUAUAUGUAUGUAGAUAUAUAGAUUUAAAGUUAUGUAAAUUAAAGUAUUCUUAACGAAUAUAAAUAUAAGAAAUAAAUAAAUUGUAGAAAAAAUACGAAGCAAUUGUCUAUUAGUAAGCUGACGAACAAAGCAGUUAAGCUGUAAUACAAUAACGGUAAAAAACGCUGAAAAUGAGAGAGCAUAUAAAGAGUUAAAACAAAAACUUAUAACAAUAUUCAUAAUAAACACAAAAACAAUUUCGAUGUAAAGCAAAACCAACCAAAAAAUACGAAGAGUAAAAGAUAAUAGAAUAAAAUUAUUAAUUUUUAAAAGACAAAA